AAGAAGACGAGGACGAAGUCAAUAGAGAGAGAAACAAUGGCGGAGGAGACGAUGGAGAAGGAAGAGAGGGUGAAGCUGUUCGUCGGACAAGUUCCCAAGCAUAUGACGGAGGCUCAGCUCCUCACAUUGUUUCGUGAAUUCUCCACCGUCGAUGAAGUCAACAUCAUUAAGGAGAAGACAACACAAGCUUCCCGAGGAUGUUGUUUCCUGACAUGUCCUUCAAGGGAAGAAGCAGACAAGGUGGUCAAUGUUUUUCAUAACAAGAGGACAUUGCCUGGGGCUUCUAGCCCGUUACAAGUAAAAUAUGCAGAUGGCGAGUUGGAAAGACUAGAGCACAAACUCUUUGUCGGUAUGCUUCCAAAGACUGUAUCUGAAGCUGAGGUCCUAUCCUUAUUCUCCGAAUACGGGACCAUUAAGGAUCUACAGAUUCUAAGAGGGUCUCUACAGACUAGCAAGGGAUGUCUGUUUCUAAAGUAUGAGUCUAAACAACAAGCGGUCGCAGCUAUGGAAGCCCUCAACGGAAGACAUAUAAUGGAGGGUACGAAUGUUCCUUUGAUUGUCAAAUGGGCAGACACAGAAAGGGAAAGACAAGCCCGAAGACUUCAAAAAGUUCAAUCUCAUAUCUCCAGUCCGCAAAACCCCUCCAUGUUUGGAGCAUUACCUAUGAGUUAUGUUCCUCCUUACAAUGGAUACGGCUAUCAUGUACCUGGAACUUAUGGGUACAUGCUACCACCUAUCCAGACUCAACAUGCAUUUCACAAUGUAAUUUCACAGAACCAAGGUAAUGGAAGCGCAUUGCAAGGAACCGCUUUGACGGAGUCUGUCCCACCACGUUUAGCCGCCCGUAGAAACUUCCCAGCGGCUCCUGGAAAUUAUGGUUACCAUGGUCUUCAAUAUCCUAUGGCAUUUCCUAGAGGAGUGAUACCUCCUCGCCUUCCUCUAACCACAGUUUCACCUGGAAUAUCUAACAACGGCGCAUUGAUACCUCCCUCGAUACAAACGGAAGGACCAGCAGGUGCGAAUCUGUUUAUUUAUAACAUACCUCGGGAAUUCGGGGAUCAAGAACUUGCGGUUGCAUUUCAACCUUUCGGUAAGGUUCUAAGCGCCAAGGUGUUUGUAGACAAGGUCACUGGUAUAAGCAAAUGUUUUGGGUUCGUUAGUUAUGAAUCACAAGACGCUGCUCAGAAGGCUAUUAACACAAUGAACGGUCGCCAGUUAAGCGGUAAGAAAUUGAAAGUCCAGCUGAAGAGAGACAACGGACAACAGCAACAACAGAGUAACAAACCGUUAUUAAACGGUUUAUUAAACUCAUAAAAACGACUGACCCCUCUUCAGCAGCAUUAAGAGUUUGCGGGCAAAACCCGGUUAAGACAUUAAAGAUGGGAUAUUGAUGGGGAUGGUGUGGUGGAACUCUUAAGUACAAACAUUUGUCGGCCGUUAUUGACACAUUUGACAAAUCCAAGCAAGUCUCAUAUAUAUGGUUCAGAAAACUCUCCAUCAGGUCUUAGAAAAGCUGUAAUCUUUUCUGCAAAAGAAUUCUCUUCCACAUACCCACUUUUAUUUUUUCCUCUCUCUAAAAUUCGCUUCAUUGCAAUUUGUAAUUUAUUGUGUCAUUGAAAAUUUCAUGUAUAAAUGUUAUCAUUAUUAACCA